AUGCUGUUCCUCUACAUCAGUUGUAAUAUACAAACUGAAAGCAGUCAAUCUACUGAUUCUAGAGAUAGUGAAGGAAAAGAUUCAAGUAAAGGUGAUCAAUCUCCUCCUGUUAUUUCUGAAGAUAUAAAAAAUGAGGAAAAAGAAGGGCAGGUAUCUGAACGUUCAACUGAAAUUAAAGAUAACAGAGAAUCUGCUCCUUCUACAUCAGUUGUUAAUAUAGAUACUGGAAGCAGUCAGUCUUCUAAUUCUAGCGAUAGUGAUUCUACAGUAUUAAGUGGUAGAGAACCUAAAGAUGUAAAUAUUCCUACUUAUGAAAGUGUUAAAGAAAAUGAAGAAGGUGAGAUUGAAGAAAAUGCAAGUUCAAAAAGUAUUGAAAUUGAUCAAGCAUCACCUGAGCAAAAUAAUCAUAUUGAUUCAUCACAGAAUGUAAUUAAGGACUCUAAUCACCAGGAUAAGGAAAUAAUAAAUUCCCCUUCUACAGAAAAAAAUAUUGAAGAAAUUCAACAUAAAACAUCUGAUACUGAUGGUCAUGAAUCUAAAAUUGAAAGUGAAAUCGAACCAAAGGAGUCAAUGGAGGAAUCAUCUCUUAAUAAAAGAGAAAUUGAGAAUGCAGCUAGGGGUGAUCACAAACCUGAAUCAGUAGAAAGCGCUGAAAUUCCUCAAUCUCAGAUUCCUAAUUCUCAUAAUGGAGGUACAAUUGUUUCUGAGAGUCAGGUUCAGGAUUCUUCAGAAAACACUAUGAGUACUGAAUCUACACAUACUGAUAACAAGAAUUUUAGAACAAGUGUGGAUAUUCAACCUUCUCUUACUGAUGAUGAAAAGACUGUAUCGUCUGUUGGUGAUAGAGAUGCUGAAGAUAGAUCUAAUCUUAAUAAAGAUCCUGAACAAAUUGAAAAGAAUAAAUCUUCUCAUUCUGACAGAGAAGAUAAAGAUAUUUCUGAAAAUGAGGUUCAGGAUUCUUUAGGAGGGACUACGAUUAUCGAAUCUACACCUACUGAUAACGAGGAUUUAAAAACAAGUGUGCAUAAUCAACCAUCUGUUAUUGAGAAUGAAACUGUUGAAUCGUCUGAUGGUGUUGGGGAUACCAACGAUAGAUCUAAUCUUAGUACAGACACUGAACAAAUUGAAAAUAAUACAUCUUCUCAUUCUGAUAUCCACCAUUCUAAUAAGGAGGGUGGUAGUGGUUCUGAAAAUUUGACUCAGGAUUCUCCUACAGAUCAUUGGGAAAGUGUAACUCCCUCUAAUAUCGACAUGGAUCCAAAACCAAAUGAAGCAAGCCUUAUCACACCUGUUGAUCAGGUUGAUUCUUCGAUGGAAAGUGAAUUAGAAUCUGGAGGUAAAAUUGGGGAUUUAUAUAAAGGGGAUAAACAAUCUGAAAAUAUUUUAAAUAAGGAUAAGGAUGUUGUAGAGAUAGAAAAAGCUCCUGAUUCUCAUGCCAAUGAAUCUGAUACUCAUGAUGAAGAGGAUACAAGACGAGGUAUAAGCGAUGAUAGUAGUACUGUUCAUGAAAUUGAUUCUAAAGAGAAUUUACAUCAAGAAUCAUUAAUUUCUGAAAAAGGUCAUGAAGAAGGUAAUAUUAAAAAUGAGCCAGGUAAUGAAGAGGAUUCUUCAAUUUCUCUUUCCCAAGAAAAGAUCAAUGAUUCUGAAGGAAGAGAAAAUAUAGAAGAUCCUAAGAUGUCUGAAAGAGGUGAUGAUAAUGAAAGUGAUAUAGGUAAUAUUGUAUCAGUAGAUCCUGAGAGCACUAUUAUUUCUUCUCCAAAUGAUACAGAAGGAAUAAAAAGUUCAGAAGAAUUAAAAUCUAAAGAAUAUACUUCUGUAGAUCUUAAUAAUAGGGGUGAAAAUAAUCAACAAGAAAAUUUAGUUUCCAAUUCCCCGCAACUUGAACUUGAAAGAGAAAAAUUAGAAAAUGCUGAUAGUUCUCAUGAAUCUGAGGUAUCAAGUAUUUCUGAGGUUGGAGAAGCAAGCACAAGAUAUCAUAAAGAAAACAGUGAAACUGAUGAAGGAGAAGAAAGUGGAACAAAUCCUGAAGAAGGCAGUGUAACAGAUAAAGAACAAAAAAGCAGAACAAAUCAUGAAGGAGACAAUGAAACUGAUGAAGGAGAAGAAAGGGGAGCAAAUCAUGAAGAAGGCAGUGUAACAGAUAAAGAACAAGAAAGCAGAACAAACAAUGAAGAAGACAAUGAAAGUGGUGAAGUACAACAAAGCCUAGAAAAUAAUGAAGCCAGUGAAACUCAUGAAGAACAAAGUGCUAGUGAGAAAAUAAAAUUAAUUGAACCUACUAGUAAUAUGGUGCUACCAUCUACGUCAUUACAUGAAAGUGAUAAAGAAAAAUUAGAAAAACAUCAUGAUGAACCUAAUACAAAUGGAGAGUUAAGCCAUACUGAUCAAAAUACUUCUCAAUAUAGACCUAGUGAAAGUGAGGAAGUAAUGACGAAUAAACCUGAUCAAAUGGAAAUGACAUCUGAACCAUCAUCACAAUAUAUUGAAAAGGGAAUUGAUGUAAGUGAUACUACAGAAAAUCAACAUAUUGAUGAAGAAAGCAAUCAUAUAAUUCCUUUGGUUAAUAAAAAUAGUGAAGGAGAUACUGUAACUAUUCCUCCUACAAGGACCGUUAUGGAAUCUGGAUCAUUAGAUUCAAGGAAUGAACAAAAAGUUGAAGAAAAUGAUGAUAGACAUAUUACAGAUGACCAGAGGAAAGAUGAUACUAUUGUUAAUCCUUCUCCAAAUGGAUUGAAUGAACAUGGGGAAAUGUCUAAUGAUUCUAUUAAAAGUGAAACUAUAACUGAAUCAUCAUUAGCAGAAGAUGACCAAAUGAUUGAAGGAAUUCAUGGAAAAGGUAGUGAAAAAAAAAACAUUAUAGAUGCACCUCAAGAAAGUAGCAUUGAAGUAGGAAAACAAAUGGAAGGGCAUAUGAGUAAUGUGAAUACACCAGAAGAAUUAGCACGAGUUGCAGAUGAAAGUAAAUUACAAGAAGAAAAAGAAGGAAGUAAGGAUGAUGGGGAUAAACGAACUGUUAGUGAAGAUACAAUAGGUGUCGAAGAUCCUAAUAGAAUAGAUGAAAAUCAAAAUUUGGAGGAAAAGGAUGAAUCAUCAAGUAAAGGAAUUACAAAUAAUUCUUUAGAAGGAAGAGUUGAUACUGAGAAAAAGGAUGAACCAUCAAGUAAAGGAACUACAAAUAAUUCUUUAGAUGGAAGAACUGAUGAGGGGGAAAAUGAAAAGUUAGAUGAAAAUCCAGAAUCAAACUCUAACAAUACAAUAUCUACUGAACAAAUUGAAUUGGUUAAGGAAAAAGAAAUUCAUGAACCUAAUGAAUUAGAUACACAUAAUGGAGAGCAAGAAGAAAUUAUUAGAGAUGAAAUACCUGCUGAAAGAAUGGGCGAAGAAAAUUCGACUGAUAAUGAAAAGGAGCAAUUAAAUCCGGAAGAUGAAAGAAAUAUGAAAGAUGAAAUUAUUAAUAAAGGGGAAAAGGGAAAUUUAGAAGAAAAUUUAAAUAUUUCUUCUGAUACCUUGGAAAAUACUACAGGUAAAGAAAAGGUUAAAAUAGAACAUACUGAUUCACCUGAGGAAUCAGAUUCUGAUAUGGAAGGAAUUUAUAAGCAUAAAGGAAUAGAAAAUCAAAUUACUGAAAUAGAAACAAGAUCUGUAGAAAAACAUGAUAUACAUAUUCCAGAAAAUUCAAAAGAAACUCAAGUUGAUAAUUACAAGGCAGAUAUGGAAGAAGAAAAGGACGUAAAUAUAAAUCAAAUGAUUAAAGAAUCUGAAAAAGUAUCAGAAAUAAGUAGUGACACAACUGCAUCUCAUUCUGAGAAACCUAAUGAUGAAGAACUACUUGUGAAUGUAGUAGAUUCAAAAAAUGCACAAAAAGAAGGUGAUUCAAUUCAAACCAUUCCUGAUGUUUCAAAUUCUGAAAAUGAGGUGAAUAACGAUAAUACGUUAAGUAAAGAUGGUUUUUCUGAAAUAGAAAAACCUGUUAGUGAAAUAGAUGAAAAUGCAAAGGGAUUAUUAAAUGAAAAAAGAACAGAGGGUGAUAAUGCGCUAGUUCAAAAUAAGAUUGAACAUGAUAUACAGAAUACAGAAGUUAUAGAUCAGAUUAAAGGCAAAAGAGAUUAUGAAGAAGAUGAAAAAGUUAAUUUUGUGAGAUUACCUGAAAAAAAUGAAGAACAAAGAAGUGACGUUACAAAGGGAAUUGUUCCUGGUAGUGUUGAUGUAAUUGAAAAAACGUCACAUGAAAGUUUAGAUUCUCAUGAAAAAAAUCAAGAAGAAUUAAAAGUGUCUGAAGAUAUAGAAUAUCCUGUUGGAACAGAUAUAUCAGGAAUUGAUAGUGAAACUCGUGAUUCAGUUACGAUUUAUCAAAAACCUACAGAUACUUUUGUAGAAAAUGUAUAUGGAUUAUCACAGGAUUAUAAAUCAUUAUCUGAGAACGAGAAAAAAAUUAUCAUAAAUGAACCAAAGGAAAAAUUGCAAAAUCUUUUAGGAGGAAUGGUUCAUGUUUUACAAAACAAAAAUAUAGAUGAUGAUCAAUCGGGUAGAUCAUCUAUACCAUUAUAUGAUAAAGAAUUAGUUGAUGAUAAAAAUCAUUUAAAUGAUAAUUCUUAUAAUAAUAAUAUAAAUAAUGAAGUUCAAUGUGAAAAAAAUUGUGGACGAAAAGAAAAUGUUUCAUCAUUUGAUGAUACGGUUACAUUAAAAGAUGUUAAACAAAAUAGGGAAGAUACGGAGGAAACAAAAUUGAUAGAAAAUGAAAAAAUAGAUAAUACAAAAGUAAAAGAUGGAAUUCAUAUGACAUCAUAUAACAAGCCAUCUAAUAUUUUGGUACAUAAUUAUGAUGAUAUUAAAAAGGAAGCAAUAAAAAAUGAAGAAAAAAAAGAUACAGAACAAUCCAAGAAAGAAGAGAAAGAUGUAAAACAUUAUGAUUCAGAGAAUGAUAAUAAUAAUUUAAGUAAUUAUACAAAAAUUAAGGAAAAUAUUGAAAAGUUUUAUAAAUAUAUAAAAAAUAUAUUGAAUUUAACUGAUAUAAAUAAUGAUAUAGAAAAAAAGGAUAUGCAAAGGUAUAAUUUAAAUAAUUAUACUAAUAUCAAAGGGAAUAUGCUUUUUUGA